AUGAACGAAGAGGACCCCGCACCUGGCACGCUUCCUGUGAGGAAGUUUUCCAUGGCAGCAAUGGCGCACAGCCCAGCGCAAAGCUCCCCAACCUCUGGAAACGGGACGCCUAUUGACGCAGACUCCUUAUACGAUGAUACUUCCUCACUAGCCGUCGAAAGCAGUGUCUACGACUUUGCCAAGGAGAACGGUCGCACAUAUCAUGGAUAUCGUGCUGGAACAUAUCACUUUCCCAACGACCCCUCCGAGACAGACCGUCUGGACUUUCAGUUUGAAAUACUCAAAUACUGCUUCUUAGACCGCAACUACUUUGCGCCCCUAGACAAGCCCCAACGCAUCCUUGAUAUCGGGACGGGCACUGGCCAAUGGGCCGUAGAGAUGGGCGAUGAUUUCCCAGAGGCCGAAAUUCAAGCAACGGACCUGUCGCCCAUCCAACCGCUCACGGUCCCAGAAAAUGUACAUUUCUUUAUCGAUGACGCCUCGGACGACGACUGGGCGCUGCCGCCCGCGCAUUUCGACUAUAUACAUACCCGCAUGCUACUGGGAUGCUUUACCGAUUUCCGGGAUAUUAUACGGAAGGGCUUCUACUACACCAAACCGGGAGGAUAUAUGGAAAGCCAAGAUUAUUACUCGAUCCCGUACUGUGACGAUGGGACUAUGCCACCCGAUUGGCCCUUUCUAGAAUGGACCAAGUAUAGCGACGAUGCAGCCAUGGAGGCAGAUCGACCUAUGCGGAUAGCCAAUAAAUUCAAGAGGUGGUACAAGGCUGCCGGUUUCGUCGACGUGCAAGAGAAAGUCUUCAAGGUUCCUGUCAAUGCCUGGCCUAGAGACAGGCAUUUGAAAACCUUGGGAAUGAUGUCAGAAGAGAACUGGCUAUGCGGACUAUCAGCAUUCAGCAUGGGUCAUUUCUCUCGGAUACUGAAUUGGAGUAAGCCCCAGAUCGAGGUGUAUCUGGUCAACGUCAGGAAAGCAAUACAAGAUAAACGUGUCCACGCUUAUCACAAAGUCUUCGUGGUUUGGGGCAGGAAGCCUCUGGAUGGAGAGCAAAUGCCGCCGGAGCCUGACUCCAGCACUGAGACGGUAGUGCCCGGACCUUCAAAAGCUCCAGCUGAGAUGGUAGUGCCCGGACCUUCACAAGCUCCAGCUACUGAAAACACGUCUGUGGCGGACGGACAAUAG